AUGCAGGAUAUCUGCUAUCCCACAGAGGUGGAGAUGCACAUGUUGAGGACUGCUGCUUUGGCAGAACAGGUAAAGAAAAAUUUUAAAAUNAGACAAAAGAACUCAAAUGAACAAGAAAAUAGAAAGUUUACUCCUCCUGAAGAUUUAAAUACUAAUCAAUAUGAAACAGAUGAGACUAAUAUACUAAAACAAAAGAUUGAUCUUGCCACAGGAAGGCUAAACCAAGUGUUAUUUAACUGUCAGCAACUUGAAAAUGAAAACCAGUCUCUGCGUCAGAAGGUCUUACCUAUGACAACCAUCCAGGAGAAAUGCAAAAUGCUUGAAGACAGAGAGGAGAAGCUCAAACAGGAAUGCUUAAUCCUUGAAACUCACAUGGCAAAGAAUAUGAUAGAUCGUAGACAGGCAGAAAUGUUAAAGCAAGAGAUUGAGGAAAGAUCCAGACUGCAAGUAGAGGAAACUUUGGAAGAAAUCUCUCAAGUUUUACAG